AUGCAUGCAUCGCGCGAGGACUUCGACUCUCUGCCACCCGCGGUUCGACGCAAGGAUGGACAGUGCAGCACCCUGAACUUUGGCACCCUAACUCUCUGGUCCCAACUCUAUUGCAAUGCUGCGCUCCACUAUCCGCACAUCCCGUUCAUCGUGGAUGAGUCUCCUCCGAGGUGCACUGGGUCCAACUUCUUCUCGAACGUCGAGCGGUUGCGGAUGCGGCUAGGCCAAGAGGGCCAGGGGGACCUUCGAGCCCCUCGGCCGAACGCUCGUUCCUCUCCGCGUGCGGUGCGGGCCUCAAGAGGUUUAGACAAACGUUCUUCUUCACCCAAGAAACUACGGAAGCCCGGCUCCCUUCAACUCGCCUACUUGAUCGCCCAGGCCGAUUCGCAAUGCUUCCACUCUCUUCCCGCUAAGAUCCAACAAAAGCACUUCUCCCCUGAAGAACGUCGUCGCUUUCUUUCUUCCUACCGUGAAAGUGUCAUCCUGGACGCCGCUGACGCGGCUUUUUACCGCCGUGACAAGGCCCGUCAGCGCCAAUUGUCGACCGACAGUUUGCCCUCGGACGAUACUCUGCCCGUAACUCAAACGGCUUCUGUCUUUUGGGAUUCAGAUUCGGAUUCGGAUUCCGAACAGUCGCCGCGCCAGCCCAGUUCCAAGAUGGAUCGAACCUUUUUCGAUAAUUUCCGGUGGCUCGACGAGGAUGGGGACCUGGACCUAUCACUCGACGAGUACCAUGCUCAUGUGGCAGAUGCUGCUAUCCCCGCUGCUAAACCAAGACGACGGCCUUCAAUACGUCGUCCACUAUCCCUCUCCACACAAGGCCUGAGGCACCGACCAGUAGCUUCGAUUCCGCGAUCAUUGGCGUCAAGCCAGUCGGUGCCUGUUUCCUCUCUUUCUCGACAAUCCUAUUCUCGUCCUACAUCUCGUCAACAACCUCACCACCAUCCCAAGUCUUCCACUUCAAGCAUUGACCCGUCCGCACAAUACUAUCAAGACCCCGAUGCUCGGCUCAAACUCCGUGUCUACCUUGCUUCGCCACAGAAGUUUGAUGAAGCUAUUGAAUUUGGCUUCCCCUCAUUAGAUCAAGAUAAGGAGAAUUUCGCCCCCGUGGUACACUCUCCUCUGUCCUUCGACUCGGCCGGUACCUUCUCCGGCACUUUUUUCGAAGAAGAUGACGGGACCGUCGUGGGCAGCCCAGGGACUUCGUUGGCUGAAGAGCCUGUCGCUCCCCGCAUGUCUACCCAGGUUCGAGAGACACCGCGUCCCUCAACUGACAGCCGUCGAGUGCACAAGCCGGGCAAGACUACCCCCCAAAUUCUCCCAGGGAAUCGUGAAAUGACGCUCAAGAUGACAUUGACUCGCCCUGACUUGCGCAAUGAAUCUCCCACCCCCCCUGAAGAUCCCUUGCGGCUCGCAGAUUUACCUCCAGCCGAUCGCAGCCAGCACAUCUGGGACGAUAUGGAUGACCAGGGUGUGGUAAAGAAAAUGUGGCGCAAACUGCGUCGGCGUCAAAAUAACUAA